AUACUGCUACUGCAUAGUGCAUAGUGCAUACCUAUAUUAAAGUACCUAGUAGUAUAGAUAUUAUUAUAAGCAAAUUAGUUAUUAUUUAUUACCAUUGAGUAUACAAAUAUAAAAUAUAAAUUCUACAAUACUUGCCAAAUGUUAUUAAUUAUUAGUUAUUAGUUAAUACUUUUUUGUUUUGAAUUAUAGUGCUCAAUCUAACCGUUAAAAUAUAUACCUAUAGUAAUACAAAUUUCUGUUGUCAAUUAAUAAUGCACUCGUUUUAAGCGUGAAACCGGUAGUGUGUCAACUUUGGGAUAUGAUUUUAUAUGCUUUAAUUUUAAGAAGCCGGGACCUCCUACCACUGACGUCCACUACCAAUUACCAUUGUAGUAAUGGCGAGAGUGCCAUUGACUUGAAAUUAAUUAACAAGAUUGUAAAGAAUGUUUUAAAGAAAAAUGAUAUGCCCAAAAACAAAUGUUUCCUUCGCACCAAUGACAAGAUUUACUACUUUUUACCAUGUUUAAAUAUAAUUUGCAUGGCCAUGUGCAUUCCUUCAUAUCCUCAAGUUUUAGCCUACAGCUUUUUAGAAGAACUAGCUGGAGAGUUUACAAAAAAAUAUGACCGUUUCAAAGUUGAACAAGCUUUGAGGCCCUACAAUCUUAUUGAAUUUGAUACUACAAUACAUCCUAUUCAACAAAUGUAUAAUAAACCUCAACAACUGACAUCCAGAAUAAAUUUAGCUGAAAUUACUCGUGAUAUCACAUUAGAUCCACCUCAAGAAGUAUUUAUUGUUGAAGAAAAUUCCAAGAAUAAUAUUCAUACACCACAAGUUAUUCCUCCGACUGUUCGAGUUGGACCACUGCCUACUUUAGAACCUUUAUCUUUUAUUGACAAAACAUCUUUAAUUUUUACUAUAUGUUUAAUUAUUCAUAGUAUUGUCGUAGUAAUGGAUACAUGGAGGAGUUGGACAACUGAGGAAGAUGACUCACUGGAUACUGGUUGGCUUCACUUUUGUAGUAUUCUCUUCCGAUUAUCUCAAAUGUAUGUUCUUACCCACAAGCAAAUGUAUAGAUGGAAGAAAGGGUGGGCACUGUUCUUAGUAUUAUUAGUUAUAGAUUGGUUUCUGUAUUUCAAUGAUGACCUAUGGCAGGUGAUUUUAGUAUAUGUCAUUACUACACUGACACAUACAUGCAUACUUAGACGAAAAAUUGCCAUUAAGUUACCACAAUAUCAAAUUUGAACAUGAAUAAAAUAUUCAAAUAUUUAAAAAUUUAUUUUGUUAUGAUACUUGAGCAUUAAACAUAAAUUGUUAAACCAUUACCCUCCAAAAACAUAACAAUUUUCUUUUUUAUAAAAAAAUUGCAAUAUAAAAUAAAUAUAAUCUAAUUUUUUCUGAAUAAUUUAUAUUUGCUAAUAUAUUAUAUAAUAUUGUAUUUAUUAUUAUUAUUAUUGUUUUAUUGUGAUAAUAUAUUAAUUAGAUUUUAUAAAUCUCAUGUUCAGAUACCUAAUUUGUAACAGUAUACAAUUAUAAAUCAGUGUUAUCAAGGGUAAUUGAAUAUAAUAUUUUAAUAAUACUAUAUAUAUAGUUUAAAUGUAUGUAUGCUCAGUUACAAUAUUUCGAUUUAUUGGAGUUUUUAUUCAAUAAUUUACCUGGUAUUGAUAAACUAGUCUUGCUUAUGGUUAAUUCUGAAAGUGGAAAAAAUAUCGCAUUCUUUUCAUAUACUGCAGAAUGUAUUUAUUAAUAUUGGAUUAAUUUUUUUUGUAUAAGAUGAAUUUAAGAAUUAAUUAUAUUUUUUUAUAACUGUUACUAAGACGUUUAUUUUAGAUUUCAAUUUGUAAAAUCAAUAUAUCAGAUAUUUAUGUAAGUAUAAGUUUGUAAGGGUGCGUCACAAAUAUACUUAGUAAACUGUACAUGUUUUAAUAAAUAUUGUUAAAAAUAAAUACAUUACUAUUUAUUAUAUGUA